ACAGGAAUUUGAAAAGAAGCACUGCAUUCCACCAGGAUGUCUAUGAAAUGGAUUUCAGUUCUGCUGCUGCUACAGCUGAGCUGUUACUUCAGCUCUGGGGGUGGUGGAAAGGUGCUGGUGUGGCCCACAGAAUACAGCCACUGGAUCAAUAUAAAGACAAUCCUGGAUGAACUUGUCCAAAGAGGUCACGAAGUGACGGUUCUGACAUCGUCAGCUUCCAUUCUUGUUGAUCCGAGCAAAUCAUCUGCUAUUAAAUAUGAGGUUUAUCCUGCACAUUUACUUGGAAAUGAUUUGGAGGAUCUUUUCGGAAAACUGCUCGACACAUGGAUAUAUGACUUGCCAAGAGAUACAUUUUGGGCAUAUUUUUCAAAAAUGCAAGAAAUAUUCUGGGAAUAUUCUGACUGUAUUCAAAAGUUCUGUAAAGAUGUAGUUUUGAACAGGAAACUCAUGACAAAACUACAAGAAUCAAGGUUUGAUGUCAUUCUUGCAGAUACUAUUGGACCCUGUGGUGAGCUGCUGGCAGAGCUACUUAAAAUACCUUUAGUGUACAGUCUCCGCUUCUCUCCUGGCUAUGCAUUUGAAAAGUAUAGUGGAGGGCUUCCAUUCCCUCCGUCCUACGUGCCUGUUAUUUUGUCAGAAUUAAGUGAUCAAAUGACAUUCAUGCAGAGAGUAAAAAAUAUGAUAUAUGUGCUUUAUUUUGACUUUUGGUUCCAAACAUUUAAUGAGAAGAGUUGGGAUCGGUUUUACAGCGAAGUACUAG